CACAAAGUUCGCUCUCUGGUGCAGACCUAAAAUUUAUUUUGGCUGAUUGCUACGGGUAAUUAAUACGGUGUGUGUAUUCCUAAUACGAAGCCAAGCGCUGCGAUGUUUUUUAAGGAUGAUAGCUGCUGUUUCGAGUCUGGACUUAUCCGUUUUGUCUAAAAUGCUGUGGAAGUUUGCGUUUUUCUGCUUGGUGAGCAUUAACAAAUUUGUUGCUCCUCAAUGCUCACCGGCUUUCCCAGCCAGUGUGAAAGGAAUCGGUGGAGAAACUCCUAAACAGGCCGAUGGCAUUUGGUACGUGUACAGAAAGAUGGGCGGAAACUACACCAGCACCGCCCAGAUACAAAUUACCAGCGUAGCGCCCUUUGCGGAUCCCGUUAUCAGUCAACCGUCAACGUUGCAGUGGUGGGAGAUCUUCCCCGAUUCAUCCGACACACCCUGUACGCAUCAGUUCUUUACGGGAACAUAUUCCAACGCAGGACAAGUAAUUGGCGAUCUCGGUGGAUCGGAUGAUAAUUAUAUAAUGCGACCAACGGAUUUCGUUGUGCUGUAUCACGAUUAUCAGAAUCUUUCGAUAAGCUAUGGCUGUAGCCGCUCACAAACAGACAAUGGCCACUGCGCCACGCCCACAAUCAUCGUUCAAACGCGGAAACGGCCAGAUCAGCUGUCAGCAACCGAGGCGCAGAAUUUUGACACUAUCAUAAAUUCUGCAUUUUUACAAUACUGCGUGACGGUGCAGAAUAUACCGAAGGAAAUAUAUGGACCGAAGGGAACAUGCGGAAUGAUCGACCCACCCGCUUGCGUUGCUCAGGAUAUCCAAGGAAUGAUGUUGACCAUCGUAAACUCUACAGUUUCAUCGACCACCAGCGUUUCAUUUAACUAUGAUACAAGUACUAUUAGUAAUUUUACACCCUCAAGUUGCAAAUGGCCAAAUGCAAUACCGUCUCCUGGAAAGGUCGAUUUCAACCUGAUUCAGGGACAAUAUUAUUACUAUCGGCGGUUAUUUUCGCCGGAAAUCGAUCCAGUCAACCAGCAAGCGGUGCUGCAUUUCGUCGGAGCCUCCGCUUCCCCUUUAAUAAACGCCUCAACCAAUACAUACUGGGCCGAAUACUCCAACUAUGAUAGCAAAAAUUCUUCCAAGUGUGUCUAUGGCUUUUUUGUCGGCAAAAUUCAAACAGCGGGCUCGUGUCGGGCUUGAUCAUUCCAUACACUACCGCCGGCGCUCCUGUCCCUUUUUCAUCCAUGACACUAUUUCUGGACUCCACACAAUUUUUUCUCUACGGAUGCGGAACACAAAAUCUGCAGACUGGUAUUUGUGAAACACCGGUCGUCGUGCACUUUAUCCGUGCAAACCCACUGCAGCUGAUCCAGGCGGACAGAGAUGCGUACGACGCUGUAGCUGAUCGCUUUCUGAACAAAUACGGAUGCAGUGCUGCUAAGGAUGUACCGCUCAUCUUCUGGACGCAGGAUAAGCCGCUUUGCUCCAUGAUAGAUCCACCGCAAUGCAUGCAGAACCAUAUCACGGGAUAUCAGCAAGUUCUGGCAGCCACAAACGCUAUUAUGUACUAGACAGCUAUCUUUACCGAAAGCAGUCGAUUAUUUUGUUAGAAAUUGUUGUCAUGUUUGUUUCAUGCUAAUACAGUUACAAGUUAGA